AUGAGCUCCCUUCAAUUCCUCGUCUCCUCUCUGGAGGCCAUUGCCGCUUCCAAAGAGGCCCAGAGGAACAAGCAGCUCACCGAAUCUCUCCAAAAGACGCUCACUGCCAUCAAGGAGAGCGAUCCGAAUUUCCCGGAUCCCGAAAUAGUCUUCGCCCCGUUGCAACUGGCAACGCGCACAGGAAAUGUCCAACUAGUCACCGGCGCCCUCGACUGCAUCGGAAAGCUCAUAUCAUACUCCUACUUCAGCUUGCCGAGCACAGCAGACGGCCAGCAAGAUGCUCCCGCCGACAGAGCCCCCCUCAUCGAGCGAGCCAUCGAUACCAUUUGCGAUUGCUUCCAGGGGGAGACAACCGGCGUCGAGGUCCAGCUCCAGAUUGUCAAGUCGCUCUUGGCCGCUGUCUUGAAUGACAAGAUUGUCGUUCACGGCGCCGGUCUCCUCAAGGCCGUUCGCCAAGUCUAUAAUGUUUUCCUCCUGUCGAGGAGCACUGCGAACCAGCAGAUGGCCCAAGGAACACUCACACAAAUGGUUGGCACCGUCUUCGAGCGCGUAAAGACAAGGUUACAUAUGAAAGAAGCCCGCGUCAACCUCGAAAAGUUGAAACACAGCUCGAGCAACAUCACUUUUGAGCAGGGCGAUUCUAUCAAUGGCACCACCAUCGCAGAAGAGAAAGAUGAAGAGGCAGACGAUGAAGAAGAGGACGAUUCUACCACGGCCCCUAUUUCCGAAACCGAAAAGACUCCGGCUGAAAGCAAAGAGAAUGGCAAUGGGAAGCUCACACUCAAGGACUUGGAGCACCGAAAGAGUUUCGACGAUUCACACUUGGGUGACGGCCCGACAAUGGUGACGGAGAUUAAGCCCGGAAGGAAAGCAGCACGAUCCGUAUCCGAGCAGUCCACCCCUGAGUCGUCCCUUGAAGACAGUCCCGAAGCACUGGACGCCGAAGACGAGGUGUACAUCAAGGACGCCUACCUAGUCUUCCGAUCCUUCUGCAACCUUUCCACCAAAGUGCUGCCGCCCGACCAGCUCUACGACUUUCGCGGCCAGCCCAUGCGCUCGAAGCUCAUCUCACUUCACCUUAUCCAUACCCUCCUCAACAACAACAUUGCCGUCUUCACUUCUCCUCUGUGUACCAUUAUGAACUCCAAGAGCAACGAGCCCACGACCUUUCUUCAAGCAGUCAAGUUCUAUUUGUGUCUUAGCAUAACGCGCAACGGAGCAAGCUCCGUCGAUCGCGUUUUUGAUGUCUGCUGCGAGAUUUUCUGGUUGAUGCUCAAGUACAUGAGAGAGUCCUUUAAGCUGGAAAUCGCAGUAUUUCUCAACGAAAUAUACCUCGCCUUACUGGCACGGCGGACAGCUCCCAUCUCUCAAAAGGUGUACGUCGUCAACAUCUUGAACAGGUUUUGCGCGGAUUCGAAGGCUUUGGUGGAGACAUAUCUCAACUACGAUUGCGAGCGCAGUGUAGACAACAUUUUCCAGACCAUCAUCGAGGACUUGUCCAAGUUUUCAACAGCUUCAGUUCCGGUAACACCCGUUCAAGAGCAGCAAUACGAGGAACGGGGCGCCAAAAGUACUUCAGGAGGGGAGUGGCAGCUGAGAGCCAUUCUGCCCCCGCCUCUUUCCGUCGCGCAAAUCACACCCCACACCGAGCCUGAGAACGAGAUUCCCAAGGAAUAUGUCAUGAAGCGUGUGGCCCUGGACGCCUUGGUGGAUUCUCUCAGAUCAAUGGUGGAUUGGUCCGCCGCAGUCCGCCAAGAUACCAACGGGGUGAGGCCAGAUGGCGAAACGAGAACUUCCGAAGAUGUACGCCCUUCGAUUGAUCCGAGCAUGUACGACAAUCCGUUUCGUUUUGAAACCCCUGCGCCCUCAACGCCCGUCAUGGAGGACGAUCCGGCGUCGCUUGAAAAGGCAAAGGCGAGGAAGACGGCGAUGAACAACGCCGUCAAGCAGUUCAACUUCAAACCGAAAAGGGGUAUCAAGCUCCUGAUCGAAAACGGCUUGAUCCCGAGCGACAGCCCGCAAGAUGUCGCCAAGUUCCUGCUCACCGAGGAGCGUCUGGACAAGGCGCAGAUCGGUGAGUACUUGGGAGAAGGCGACCCCAAGAACAUCGAGACCAUGCACGCUUUUGUCGAUGCCAUGGAAUUCACCAAGAAGAGAUUCGUCGAUGCGCUGCGGACGUUCCUCCAGUCUUUCCGACUCCCUGGAGAGGCGCAGAAGAUCGAUCGUUACAUGUUGAAGUUUGCUGAGCGCUACGUGAUGGGCAAUCCGAACGCGUUUGCCAACGCUGAUACAGCCUACGUACUUGCGUACUCUGUCAUCAUGCUCAACACCGAUUUGCACAGCAGCAAAAUCGCCAAGCGCAUGAGCAAGGAAGAGUUUAUCAAGAACAACCGCGGCAUCAACGACAAUGCUGAUUUGCCGGAUGAGUACUUGUUGGCCAUCUAUGAUGAAAUUGCGAGCAACGAGAUUGUUCUCAAGAGUGAACGUGAGGCUGCGGCUGCGGCUGGCGCUGUCCCGCCACCAUCGACUGGUAUUGCCGCUGGCCUCGGUCAAGCCCUGUCAAACAUGGGCCGAGAUCUGCAACGAGAAGCCUACCUGCAGCAAUCAGAAGAGAUUGCGUUACGAUCAGAGCAGCUCUUCAAAACUCUAUACAAGAACCAGAGACGAAACGCCCAGCGGUCUGGUGUCAGGUUCAUUCCCGCUACUUCUUUCCAGCACAUCGGCCCAAUGUUCGACGUCACAUGGAUGUCGUACUUUUCAGCCUUGUCAAGUCAGAUGCAGAAGACGCAUAACCUUGAGAUCAAUAAGUUAUGCCUCGAGGGAAUGAAACUUGCAACCAAAAUUGCGUGUGUCUUUGACCUGUCAACGCCACGGGAGGCCUUUGUGUCCGCUCUCAAGAACACCACCAACCUGAACAACCCGCAGGAGAUGAUGGCUAAGAAUGUGGAGGCCCUCAAGGUCAUUCUCGAGCUCGGACAAACCGAAGGCAACGUUUUGCGGUCAUCGUGGAAGGACGUCCUCAUGUGCAUCAGCCAACUUGAUCGCCUACAGCUGAUCACAGGCGGCGUGGACGAAAGCGUCGUUCCCGAUGUGUCUAAGGCGCGAUUCAUGCCUCCACAACGGGAAAACACCAGCGACUCUAAAUCCUCCACCCAGUCCAAGAGGCGAGGUGGCCGUCCAAGGUCUGGCACCGGCCCGCAGGGCUUCUCCAACGAAAUUGCGCUGGAGAGUCGGUCGGACGAGGUGAUCAAGGCAGUUGACAGGAUAUUUACCAACACGGGCAAUCUCAACGGAGAGGCUAUCGUCCACUUCGCAAAGGCCUUGACAGAAGUCAGUUGGGAUGAGAUCAAGGUGUCCGGUUCUAACGACUCCCCGCGAACGUACAGUCUGCAGAAGAUUGUCGAGAUUGCCUACUACAACAUGACGCGUGUGCGUUUCGAGUGGAGCAACAUUUGGGACGUGUUUGGAGACCAUUUCAACCGAGUAGGAUGCCACAACAACAUCACCAUUGUCUUUUUCGCCCUGGACUCGCUUCGCCAACUGUCAAUGCGGUUCAUGGAGCUCGAGGAGUUGGCUGGUUUCAAGUUCCAAAAAGACUUCCUCAAGCCGUUCGAACACGUUCUCGCAAACUCCCAAAACAUUGCUGUCAAGGACAUGGUAUUGCGUUGCUUGAUUCAAAUGAUCCAAGCCAGAGGCGACAACAUUCGCUCUGGAUGGAGGACAAUGUUUGGUGUCUUCACGGUAGCUGCCCGUGAGACAAACGAGAGCAUCGUGAAUCUUGCGUAUGAGAACGUGACCCAGGUCUACAAGACCAAGUUCGGCGUCGUUAUCUCGCAAGGCGCCUUCACCGACUUGAUUGUCUGCUUGACCGAGUUCUCCAAGAACAUGAAAUUCCAGAAGAAGAGUCUGCAGGCGCUCGAGAGCUUGAAGUCAAUCAUCCCCCGUAUGCUCAAGACACCGGAAUGCCCACUGUCGCAAAAGGGACAGAACGCCACUGGGGAACAUACGGCAUCGGCAGCGGACACACUGCAGAGAUCACAGAAUCGGACGUCGGUGGAGGAGGGAUACUGGUUCCCGGUGUUGUUCGCCUUCCACGAUGUGCUGAUGACGGGUGAGGAUCUCGAAGUGCGGUCGAACGCGCUUGAGUACUUCUUCGAGGCCCUCCUCAAGUACGGCGGCGAGUUCCCACCAGACUUUUGGGACAUUCUCUGGCGGCAGCAGCUUUACCCCAUCUUCAUGGUGCUGCGGUCGCGGCCGGAUCUCAACAAUGCACUCAACCACGAGGAGCUAUCUGUCUGGCUGUCCACAACCAUGAUUCAAGCACUCCGAAACAUGAUCACAUUGUUCACGCAUUACUUUGACGCAUUGGAGUACAUGUUGGACCGCUUCUUGGAGCUGUUGGCUCUUUGUAUCUGCCAAGAAAACGACACCAUCUCCAGGAUCGGCAGCAACUGUUUGCAGCAGCUCAUCCUGAAGAAUGUCACCAAGUUUACAGCCGAGCACUGGGCCAAGAUCGUGGGGGCGUUCUGUGAGCUGUUUGCACGCACGACUGCUCACCAGCUAUUUUCCGCGACGACCAUCAACUCAACAGCAUCCAUCGACAUGCCGCCAAACGGAUUGGAGUUCUCGGGCCCCCUCAGUCCUACCGAAACGUCAAUGGAGGAAGACAACUUGAAAAUCAACGGAGCAGAAAAGAACGGAGACUCUGACGGCAACUCGAGUGAUGCACACCUCGGAAGCAUCAACGAGGACGACCUGAAGACGCCAACGGCUCCGGUCGCACCUCAAUCCCAACCACCGCUAGAGGAGUUCAAGCCAACGUCAAACUUGCAGCAGCAGCCGGUGGUGGUCACAGCGGCUCGUCGUCGCUACUUCAACAGAAUCAUCUCUAGAUGCGUGCUACAGCUGCUCAUGAUCGAGACGGUAAACGAGCUCUUCAGCAACGACACCGUAUACAGUCAGAUUCCGACAACGGAGCUUCUUCGACUGAUGGCACUGCUCAAGAGGUCGUACCUCUUUGCGAGAAAAUUCAAUGCGGACAAGGAGCUCCGCAUGCGACUGUGGCGCGAGGGAUUCAUGAAGCAAGCCCCCAACCUGCUCAAGCAGGAGAGCGGAGCGGCCGCUACGUACGUCGCCAUUCUCUUCCGCAUGUACGCAGACGAUAGCCACGAGCGCACGGCGGCACGCGAUGCCAUUGAGCAGGCGUUGGUGCCCCUGUGCAAGAGCAUCAUCAAGGACUUUGUCGGUCUCGAGGAGGACAGCCAGCACCGCAACAUUGUCGCUUGGCGGCCUGUGGUGGUUGACGUCCUCGAGGGCUACGCGGCCUUCCCUGUGGACGCCUUCCAGAAGCACAUUAAGGAAUUCUACGUCAUGGCUGUGGAGCUCCUCGGCAAGGACCUUACUUCGGAGCUCAGGACGGCGCUCUUGCUUGUCCUGAGACGCGUUGGCGAGGUUGGCCUCGGUAUUGAGGGGAUGACCAAGGUGGAGGUGGAUCGAAGAGACAGCAUCAUCAGCAGUGCCACGGAAAACACAGUCGACGGGCCCGAGGGCGAUGCCUCGGCGAGAAUGAGGCGUUGA